UAAUCUUUGUGUAGGCGAGAGCGGCAACAUUUCUGUUCACUCUCAGAGAUGUCGCUGUCGAUCCUAGGCGUUAUAUAGCAUGCGCAGUGACAAUCUUCACCAGGCAUUCGGAACUUUUCAAACGCGAUUCAAUUUGUACAUUUUCGAAACUGAACUUAAAUUUCAGUAAAAGAGAGGGAAACACAGCCAACAGAGCAUAUCGAAAAAGCAAAAAAAAAAAAAAACUUAUCAGGAGGAAUAUUUUAUUAUUUUCAAAAAGGUAUGGUGAAUACAUUUUGGAAUGAUAUUGAUUAAAUGUUUUGUUAUAUAAAGUGAUUUUGGAAUGACCUAUGAAAGGACAAAAAGAAUUUCAGAUAAUGAAAACAGGCUGGCGACAAGAGCUCCCUUGUAUCCUGGUGUGUUUAGUGUGUGCUUCUGUGACCUAUGGCAUGAGUGUGGAUUUCUCCAGACUUAGGAAACCUUACCUUUUAUCCAAAAGAGUAGAUUCCUCAAACCCGUGUCCUCCCGAAACCCCGUUCCUGUGUCGGUCCCCCCAGAAAUCUUGCAUAGCUCUAGGAAAUAUAUGUGAUCGUCAUCCGGAUUGUCCGGACGGGUUCGAUGAGGAUCCUCAGAUGUGUAACGCCAGAAAUAGGCCAUCUGUAGAAGAACUUGAAGAUUUUUUGCUGCGGAAUCAAAAUUGGAUCCUACCUAAGCUGUUUAAUGGAGCAUCGGCCGAGAUCGUUGCGCAUGCCUUAGUCGUAUCUCCAAACAUUGAGGAAUUGGGUCAAAUCGUUGGUUUAGGAAAUAAAGAAGCAAACCUCCGGAGCGCUUUGCUCGCUGUAACGGAAGGAGACGAGCGGCCAUUACUAAAACUAGGAAUGCCUGAGGAGGAGUGGUACGACGUACAAGACUACCUUAACAGGGUCAUAGAGGGCGGCCUCCAAGUGUCAUAGACCGCAGGAGCCUGCUAAAUUAUUGAACUGACAUCAGACUUUCCUCAUUCUAUUGCAACAUGUUAGGAAUCAAAAAUUCAAUGAUCUUUUGUCUACUUAUUUGGCUUUGGAUUAAUACGUGAUUCUAAAGUGAUUGAAAUGAAAUAUUAUUAAUAUUUGUAUCUAUUCCAUAAUUUCAUAAACCGUGAAUGAAAUUUCGAGUAAAAAAGAAAUAUACAUGUAUAAUAUUAUAUAUUUUAUCUAAUGAUUUUUAAGUAAUGUAUAAUGAAACUAUCUUUAUGCUAGUAUGCUUACAUGGUUCUUUCCCGGUUUUGUUUGACCGUUCGAAGUCAUCUUUAUUUUAAGCAUAUCAUCAUUAAUUUUCUAUGUAAAAUUAGAACCGGAAACUUGUUUCGGAGCUAAAAUAGCAAAUAAGGCCAGGCAUUCUUCGACAAUAAUCUAAUAACUUUACAAUGUAACUUCAUUUGGCCCCGGCAGAUGAGGAGUGUGUCUUCCUCUGCUUGUGAUAAUAAGAACGAAGCGUGGAUUGUUGUCAUGCGACUCGAUGUCCUAUCGACCACAGCAGGUUGAGGUGAUGAAACAAUCGCUUUUGUCAAAUAUUAUCUAUACACUGACAUAUCAUUUUAGUUAAUGAUAUAUUCUUAAUGAUCAGCAAAAUUCUUCUAAAACACCAAAAAAAAAUUGAAAUUGCGAUUUUUUCUUUUUUGAUUACGGAGUAUACUUUGCGCUUACAAAUUAGUCGAAUUUUUAAAUCAAUAUUGUUGUGGGGCAGUUUAUUGAUAUAAAAGUAACUUAUACAUGUACUGAUGAUCACAGGAAUCUUUAAAUUUUGACAGAAUUAUAUGCAGUGAUUUUGACAUGUUACUGUAGAUUUCACAGUAGAAUGUGUCUGAACUCUACUGUAUUAUCAGUCUGGACAAAUUAUGUACCCAGAAUAGAGUUCGACAUAUGUUGCCCUGAGUGCAAUUCUCCCCAAAGUAUGUUUGGUCUGUUGUGUUUAUUAACAGAAAGCAAUGAUUUUUUGAUUAAUCACUUUUUAUUCCGAAUAUCUGAUUAAUUUUUGUAGCGUAGUCUCAGGUAAUACGAGAUUUCUUCAUGUUCAUGAAAUAAACUAUUAUUUUGUU